ACAAUGUCUCCCUAAUUCCGUUUCUCAUCAUAUGCAUCUCUUCAAACUCAAAUCUCCCGUCCCGAUCUGCGUAAGACCUGAUUCAACUAUGGUGCAUUGGAUGCCAAAACGCGACUCUGAUUGGACACCUCCUGAUCCUCCUUGAUGUUUGUUUCGUUGAUUUCCAUUCAUUAUAUAAACCCCCAUGCAUUCGCAAAUCGACUGACAACGUAUCCAGGUUUUACCUCUCAAUCUAUCCACCCCCUCAUCCAAGUUACUUCGAAUCAGACAGACCAUCAAUAUUGGUACAAAUGCUCCGAGUGCCGCUGGACAACACUUGUACUCAGAUCACAUGCACUACAGCCUUGUCUGCGAGUUUCAAUGAUGUGUAUCAUUAUAUAUGGCUCGCUCAAUUCAUCCUCGUCAUUAACUGUGGCUUUAUAUCGAGGCUUUAUAUCUCCACAUCUAUCUGAACACCCCUACUCUCCGCUUUUGACAUUCAUCUGUUUCUUACUUGGGAUUCCGCUAUCAUAUAAGAUCAUUCCAAGUUCGCGUGGCCUCCGAGUAAUUUACCGGUGUAGGGAAUAAGCGUUUCGAGGGGACAUUUUCAUCGUCAUGCAUCGACCUCAACGUCAACAUUCUUCAUCAGAACGUGCCCCACAUAUGGUGGGACAAUACCCAUUUUAUGGACGGCUGACUAC